UAAAUUGGCAUUAGUAGUAGAGAUUUGAUGCAUGCAUUAGCGGCAUUAGUGUGCUUGCUUGUGCAUAUCCAUCCAUCUAAUGCCAUUAAUAGUUUCAUUAUAUUGUUUGUAUAUAUACGCAGUGCAAGCGAGAGGAACUGCUGAUAUCACCGCUGAAUUCGUAUUAGUAGUAGAGAUUUAACGCAUUAGUGGCAUUAAUUAGUAUGCUUGCUUGUGCAUAUCCAACCAUCCAUCUAUCCAUCUGUAGAGUAGAUGUGUACUUGUACUGGCUGCGCAGGCUAGAUCCUGUAGACAUUGUUCAGUUUCGGUCGUGUCUGUCGUCCUUGCUUACUGAUGAUGCCGAACAUGAUGGUCACCAGAUCAUCCGCGGAGGACCCUCAUGCCGCUGCCGGUGAGCAGCAGCAGCCACAGCGGCAAGCGGCGGACAAGGCGCCUCGCACCACCGAGGAGGAGCCAGCGGAUCUUACCAAUACUUCCCGGUACCAGAGGAUAAACCCAGAAUCCGUUCCAGUCUCCAAUGACAGCGGCGGCGGCAAUGGCAGCGCCGCCACCAGAAAGCUAGUAGAACCUGUACCAUCACCCACACCAAGCAUGGACGAGCGCGACGGCGCCCUGACUGUCGACGCUGACAGCUCGAGCCUCACGUCCUACCUCGCCCGCGCCUCGCUCGAGCAGCACCGGCCAGGAGGGCGUCCGGCGUCCUCAUCCGCUGCCAUGGUGAGCGACCACCAACUGUACAACGCCACCGCGUACUCAUCCCAUGGAGUCAACAUCAGCGGCUGCCUCUACAACUUGGCCGCCCAAGCCUCCCAAGGAUCCAACCUCAACGGCGGGCUCUACAACUUGGCCGCCCAAGCCUCCGAGGCAGCCAACAGCCUCGGCGGCGGGCUCUACAACCUCACCGCCAAGGCCACCCAGGGAGCCGACCUUUAUGGCGAGCUCUACAACCUUGCCGUCCAGUCUACCCAGGCAUCCAACAGGCUCGGCAGUGGGCUCAACAACCUCGCCGGCCAUGCCACCCAAGCAUCCAACAGCCUUGGCGGCGGGCUCUACAACCUCACCGCUCAGGCCAUUGAGGGAACCGACCUCGGUGGCGGCAGCAGCAGCAGCAGCAGUGACAUUGCCAUUGCCGCGCUGGAAGACCCUGCGCCGCUCAAGUGGGGCUGCAAGAAGUGCUCGCGCCCCUGCCGCGAGGUGCCCGCGCCGGCGCCCGCUGUCACUCCUGCACCCGCAUCGGUGCCUGCUCCUGCGCCAGCAACGGUGCCCACUCCAGCGCCUGAGCCAGAGCUGACCCCCCCUCAGGCGCAUCGCCGGGGAAUCUUAAGGAUCAAAAGCCGCCCGACGGCGCAAGGCCAGGCCCAGCCACGAGCGGAAGCGGAGAAGUUGAUGCCACCGCCGAGCGCCCGCGGCCCCGCCAUCCUUGACACCUCGCCUCAGACUCCUCGCACCACCACCCUCUCGCCGCUGCCACCUCGCGCCACCACCCUCUCACCACUACCACCUCGCGCCGCCACCCUCUCGCAGCACAGGUACGCAUGCCAUGCCCCAUACUGUGUCGACGCAGGUAAGGUAGCCACCAUAGGACCUGCCUGUCGUCCACAACGGCAGCAUCCCCACUCCGUUCGUGUUGUGUCGUCUCGGUCGAGCCGGUCCGGUCGGGUCUGUACAUCAAAAUCAUCCACGGAGGACCCUCAUGCCGCUGACGGCGAGCAGCAGCAAGCGGCGGACAAGGCGCCUGGCACCACCGAGGAGCCGGCGCCCAAGGUGCAUGAGCCUAAGCCGCCGCUGCCGCAGCCGAGGCGCCAGCCGUACCGUCAGGCGGCGGACAAGGCGGCUCACGCCAGCAACGGCGAGCAGGAGCCGGCGCCCAAGGCGGAGCCUAGGACGCCGCAGCCGCAGAGGCAGAGGCAGCAGCCGCCGCGCCAGGCGUCGAUGAAGGAGAAAGGCAAGGCGCCGAUGGUGCAGGAGCCUCCCGCGGUGGCGCCGCACGUCGCGCAGAGGGCGGCGGCCGCCGCGGGGGAGGCCGUGGCCCGGCCGCCGGUGCCGCGAGUCGCGACCCAGCUCACCCGCAAGGAGGAGGAGGAGGACUGGUUCGCGAUGACUGGCAGAAGGCUGCCCUACCGCCCCCUGCAGCGCCACCCCAAGGCCGUCGAGGACAAGCUCCAGAAACUGUUCCCGGGGCAGACGCUGCCUGAGGUGACCAGGGCCAGGUACAUGGUGCGCGAGAAGAAGCAAAAGAAGCGCCCCGGCUGCAAGCAAUGGCGGAGGAGGACGCCCUGAGGUCCGAGAGGUGCGACUCCGACGAUGAUGCGGCGGGAGAAAAAAACCAUUUUGGCGUCGCCGAUGCGGAGGUGCGUGGUAGCCGGAGGAAGAGAGGUUGAAGGCAACAGUAGAUUCAUGGGCAUUCUAUGAGCGUCAGUCGAAACAAAAAAACCAAAAAAGAAAUCUAGCCGGCAUUCCGCUCUUUUCCUUUUCUGAAGACUUUCGUUCGUUCGUGUCGUCGAUGACAGACGGUUCGUUGAUUUACAAAUGGUCGGUCGAAGCCCGCCGCCGCUGUUUCCGCGCCUCCAUGGUGGGGGCCGGGGUGGCGGCGGGCUAUGCAUAUUUACCAGACUUGGUUCCAGACUUGCAUAGCCUGGGGAAGAGCUUGGAAGAGGAAACAAACCUUUUCGCUC